ACUCUGCUCGAAGUAUCGCCUUCUCGGACUGACUGACGUGCUCUACACCAAUAGAAUGUGGUUGUUUCCCCCCCACCCCGUCACUUAGCGAGUGACGUUGCUCUGCACCAAUCGGAAGUUGGUCUAGUCCGUGCACCGCCUCCUGGAGCUUGCAGAGCACGCUUUGGCCUCCGAGGCAGAGCUGUGGAAGAAGGGCAGUGGAGCCGCCGCGCUAUGCAGCUACCCGAGGACGCCACGAUGCGCGGCUCGCUGGCCCUAGUGUCUAUCAUCCUCCCAGUGUACAAUGCCGAACAGUGGCUGGACGAGUGCUUGAUGUCUGUUUUACAGCAAGACUUCGAAGGCGCCAUGGAACUCUCUGUCUUUAAUGAUGCCAGCAAGGACAAGUCUGGGGCCAUCAUUGAAAAAUGGAAGGUGAAACUGGAAGGUUCUGGCAUCUCUGUAGUCAUCGGAGGCCAUGACUCUCCUUCUCCCAGAGGAGUUGGAUAUUCUAAAAACCGAGCUGUCGCCCAGAGCACAGGGUCCUACCUUUGCUUUUUAGAUUCAGAUGAUGUCAUGAUGCCUCAGAGAGUGAGGAUGCAAUAUGAAGCUGCCGUUCAGCACCCAACCAGCAUCAUAGGCUGCCAAGUGAGUAGAGACCCCCCAGACUCUACAGAGCGAUACACACGUUGGAUCAACCAGUUGACAUCUGAUCAGCUGCUGACACAGGUGUUCACCUCCCACGGCCCCACGGUGAUCAUGCCUACCUGGUUCUGCUCUCGUGCCUGGUUCUCCUGCGUGGGCCCAUUUGAUGAAGGAGGACAGGGGGUUCCAGAGGAUCUUCUGUUCUUCUAUGAGCACCUCAGGAAAGGCGGGGGCGUCUUCCGGGUGGACCAUAGCCUGCUCCUCUACCGAUACCACCCGUGUGCAGCCACACAUUCCGUCCUUGAAAUGACCAUCUGGACUCACCGUGUCCACUUCCUAGAGGAGCAAGUCCUACCUCGCUGGAAGUCCUUCACCAUCUGGAAUGCAGGCAAGCAGGGGCGUAAGCUAUACCGCAGCCUGACUGCAGCCAGCCGGCACAAGGUGGUGGCCUUCUGUGACGUUGACGAGAACAAGAUCAGGAAGGGCUUCUACUGCCACGAGGACUCACAGGAAAGACCCAAGCCAAAGGUCCCCAUCCUGCAUUUCCAAGAUGCCCAGUCGCCCUUUGUCAUCUGUGUGAAGCUGGACCUCACUGGAGGCGAGUUCGAAGACAACCUGAAGUCGCUGCACUUGCAAGAAGGUCGGGACUUCGUCCACUUCAGCUGAGGCUGCCGCCUAGCAGACACGACAUCAAAGCCUGUCUCGCACCGGGCCUUGCCAGCUGAUGUCAGCCAGGCUCCUACUCACAACAGAGAAUGCUGAGUCUAGGAAAGAGGUGUGCAAGACUGGAAUGAAGUACGAGCCAGGCCCCAGGUUUCAGAAGUCCCUGCUACCAGGGCAGCACGACAGAGCUGCAACCCAGGCCUGGAAAGUGGAUCCCGAUAAAGGCAGCAGGGUGUCCUUUCACAUCCUGCUCCAUGAGAUGCAGACCUACCCUGAGAGAACACAUACUACCUACAGGCCUUGGCUUGAGGCCCUGGCCACUUCACUAUGAGACGUUAUCUUGAUUUCCGUCUCAGCCACAUGUCCAUCCUCAACAGCUUACUGAGGGUCAGGCCUGAGAUACAGAGGGACAGCCACAGCAGGACAGGUAGGCCCUGGGACCAGAGUGGCCAUCCGUGUCCCCACAGGGAUGCUGGGUUCUGAUGGUCUCUUGCUCAGACCAUUGUAGUAUUGUUGGUGACUUGGCUGGCUGAGCACGUGGGAGGAGAGCUGCCUGCCCCUGCAUCUGCCCAGUACUUCAAACUCCACAC